AUGCCUCCAGUCGUAUUCAUAUCAACUCCGGAAGAGCUCUCUGCCGUGCUAGCAACGCUCAACGAUCUACCAGUAUCUCCUCCAAGUCUGUACAUUGAUCUGGAAGGCGCGAAGCUCAGCAGAAAUGGUUCAAUCGCUCUACUGACCAUGUAUGUACUACCUAAGGAGACUGUGUAUCUCAUCGACAUCCAUACUCUAGGCGCUCGCGCAUUCUCAACACCUGCCAUCGCAGCAACAGCAAGCGUGACUGCGCCUCUUGAUACUACGCCCAGCACAACAAACCUCACUGAAGACGCCGGAAAGCCUUCCACAACCCUGAAGUCUAUCUUGGAAUCACCAGCAAUUCCCAAAGUCUUCUUCGAUGUACGCAACGACUCCGACGCGCUAUUCUCCCACUACGCCAUCUCCCUCUCCUGCAUCCACGACAUCCAACUCAUGGAGCUAGCAACCACUACACGCGGUUCCCGUGAACACCUCCUGGGCUUGGGCAAAGCCAUCGACUACAAUGCCUCACGCCUCAACAUAAGGCCGAUGCAGAGGCAAGUCUGCAGCGCCAUCAAAGAGGCUGGUGUCAGGCUCUUCGCUCCGGAACGAGGUGGCAGAUGUGGUGCAUAUGCCUGGGCUAUGGAGGCUGUAUGGUAG